AUGUAAGUUAACCGAGGCGUUUCAUUCGCUGACGGUGGCGCGCAUGGGUCCGAAGUUGAGUAUCGAGGCCAAGUACACAUCUGCGUCGCCCAUUCUAAAGGAGUAUCGCCAAGUCCACUUACGGGAGAUUCGCCAAGUCAUCCAAAAUUAUGAUGAUAUGCAGCGAGAAUACGGAGACAUCAUGGCCGUGAAUCAAGACCAGUUUGACCAACUCUUUUCGGUCGUGUGCAGUGACACGGCCGUCCAUUUUCAAGAGUUUGAUUCCCGUGGUGUCGGACGAGUGGAUGUGCUCGAGGUCCUCGCAGUCUUGAUCGUGUUUUCCAAAGACUUGAUCGAGCCCAAAAUCCAAGCCUUGUUUUCGUUAUUUGAUUUCGACAAGACGUGCUAUAUAUCGCACACCGAGUUGGUCAUGCUCAUGAUAUGCUGCACCCGGGGCCUGUGUCGUGUGGUGGGAUUGGAGCGACCAGAAAACCUCGAGCUCGAAUGCUUGGCCAACGAAGCGUUCGCCAAAAUCGACUCGAACCGCAAUAACCGCGUGUCGCUCAGCAAGUUUUCGUUUUGGCUGCACCACGAACAAAGCGUCAUUUUGUACCUCAAAAAGUUUGCCAGUACCCGCUUAAUAGCGGACGCCAUGCUUCUGUACGACAAACAACUCAAGCUGGCCAUAGAUCUCUUCUUGGCUGCGGCAGUUGUCCGUCACAAGUCGUCGCUUGGAAACUCAAGUGAGGGCGCGGUGAGCUAUCCUGCGUGCACUUUGGUGCAAGUUCGCUCUGUGAUCGCCGCCUUGAAGCUGCGCCAUCUCCAGCCAGCGGGCGUGGACGAAGUGAUUGGCUACAUGACACACAUGGUGGAGGCCAACGAAGAGUCGACCAACCCAGUGAUUGUCUUGCCCAACUUUUUGUCCGUCAUGUCCCCCGCCUUGGCCUUCUUUGCCGCCGACGACGACCACUCCAUGACUGUAGAUGUGCAUGAACUUCGGAUACUGUUGUGGCUGAUGCGCAAGAAAGAACCCACGGACCUGCAAACCAAAGGCAUGCUUCUGGCUCUGGACGACGACGAGAACGGCAAACUCAGCUGCAUGGAGUGGGUGCACUAUGCAUCUGGCAUCGACCAAUCCACGGGGUCGUUAGCGUUUAACGCGCAACUUCGGUACCUGUUUGAACAUUGUGACCGUGAAGGCAACGGGUCGAUUCAUGUUGCAGACUUCAGCGUUGGUCUCAAAACUGUCGUGACGCGGUGUGUGCAUGCUGCCAUCCCCAGGACCAACAAAGUUGGGGACAAGAAGUGGGCUAUCAUUGACGACAUGUUGGCGUCUCUGGUCAAGGAAAUCAUGGACUGUGUGGACGUGAACAACAGCAAGACCAUAGAGUGGAAGAAGUUCAAAGCCCACUUGGAGUUCAUUGAAGAUCGCGUCGCUAAAGUCAAGAGCUACGUGCUAGAGUUCAUUGUCGUAUCGUAAUGAAUGAAUCGUAUACUACA